GUAACUACUCCUCUCACCCUCAUCACUCUCUCAUCGUUGAUAUAGAAGAGGAGACCCGCUUCGCCUCGGAAGCUCAGAUUCUCCCAGAGAAUGCUACAAGAUCAUGAUGGUUGACAAGAGGUGUGAGAGCUGCAGGAAGUGGCAAGAACACUACUACUGGGAGCACAUGGAUGUAACCAAGAUCCGCUUCUUCAAGCUCAUGACAGGAGAUUUUGCCAAGGGCAUUAGCAUACCAGAUAAGUUUGCAAAGAAUCUCAAUGGGAUCGGGUGUAUUGACCUGAAAGCACCCAGCGGUGAAACAUGGAACAUCGGCUUAGAGAAGCAUGCCGAUGAGCUGUUCCUCAUGUCUAGAUGGGAGGAUUUCGUCAAGACUCAUGUACUGAAGGAGAAUGACCUCCUUAUCUUCACAUACAGUGGCAACUCUUCCUUUGAUGUCCUGAUCUUUGAAGCGAGCGGCUGCGAGAAGGUUUCUUCUCUAUUUGGCAACAGAACUGCUCCUGAUCUGCACAAACAUUUUGACGAUAUGGCUGAUAGGGGUAAACAAGCUGAGCAUUAUGCCCUGACUGAUUCUAAGGAGACUACUGCACCGUCUCAGCUGGCUGGGUUCCCUCAUCAUGCCUCUACUUCGAAGAAAUCCGGUGGUAGGAAUCCAAGGAAACUGCCUGAAUCUCCAAACAGCAGCAACAAUCAUGUCAAGUGCGAUGACAUUCGAGAAGAGGAUAGUGAUGAAGAAUAUGCCAAAUCCAAGUACUGCUACACAAGGAUCGCUGAACGGCUAAGCGAUGAGGAAAAGGAGGAAAUAAUCAGCUUGGCUUCAAUCCGAUCGGACAAUCCUGCAUUUGUGACCGUUCUGCAGAUGAGCCAUGUUCGACGCAAGAACAACUUUCUGAUCUUCCCCAAUCGGUUUGUUGCUGAUCACUUUGACUGUAGACUGCAUGAGAUCACGCUUGUCAGGCCGAAUAGGAAAGACAAGUGGUGCGUCAAGUACUACUACGCGCGCAGCGCACAAGGUGUCCGGAACUACACCUUCUCCAAGUUUGUUCAGGAAAACAGGCUUCGCGAGGGCGACAUCUGCGCCUUCGAGCUGAUGAAAGGCUCGAGGAGGGUGACCAUGACCGUCCAUGCCAUCAGGAAGGUCCACGGCCGGUUUGUUCUCGUGGGCUGAAAGGUGGUUGUUUGCUGAACUGUGUAGCCUCCUGGGAGGUGCACUUGUACAGGUGUGGUUUUCUGUAGCAUGUCGUAGUAUGUAGAAGUUCCUAGUAGCGAUGCCUUGCAUCCAAUGCAAGUGCACAUUUUGUGUCCUGUAAAAUGUUAAAACUGCUGGAUGCAGCAAGGUGCAUUUCAACGGUACAAGAAGCUGCCUCUAGCUAAGAACAGAUCAGGUGCUCCGGGUGCAUCUAGCGAGUCUGCGAUGCGUCCGACAGACGCACCGGAGCAUUUUGUCUGCUCCUUCAAUGGUUGUAGUCAUGGUUUAAGUUGACUAAGUUGACCAUCCUGUCUUUCUUUUCUGAAA